AUGAGUCAAGAAGACGAAUAUGAUUACCUCUUUAAGACAGUGCUUAUCGGAGACAGUGGUGUCGGAAAGUCAAACCUGUUAAUGCGUUUUACUCGUAACGAGUUUAAUAUCGAGAGCAAGAGUACUAUUGGCGUGGAAUUUGCUACGAGAAAUAUUGUUCUUGACAACAAGAAGAUCAAGGCCCAGAUUUGGGACACGGCCGGUCAAGAACGCUACAGAGCCAUCACUUCAGCUUACUACCGAGGUGCUGUCGGUGCGUUGAUCGUGUAUGAUAUCACAAAGCAAUCUUCCUUCGACAAUGUUGGCCGUUGGUUGAAGGAGCUUCGCGAUCACGCAGACUCCAACAUUGUGAUUAUGCUUGUUGGUAACAAGACUGAUUUGCUCCACCUUCGCGCUGUCUCAACGGAAGAAGCACAAGCUUUUGCCGCUGAAAAUAACCUUUCCUUCAUUGAGACCUCUGCCAUGGAUGCUAGCAACGUUGAGGAGGCAUUCCAAACUGUGUUGACAGAGAUCUUCCGCAUCGUUUCAAACAGAGCAAUGGAGGGCGGAGACGAGGGUGCUCAUCCUUCGGCUGGACAAACGCUUAACAUCGCUCCUACCAUUGGUGACUCUGGAAAAAGCAAGUCUUCUGGCCAAUGCUGUUAG